AUGCCACAUAACAUAUCAAGAUUUCCCAUCUCUGAGCUGACCCAGAGAACAGAACUUAGACCCGCUGGAUUAUCCCAUAAAAUGAAAUUAGUUGCAUCGCCUCAUUUUGCUGCAUCCCACCCAGCUAAAACUGCAUGUACAGGUACUCCACAGCAACCUGUACAUGUUCUUGUGAGCUGUCCUGUAGAGGAACCUGUAGAGCUCGGUGAAAUGAUGAUCGUUUCCACUCUAGUUCUAUCACUGGCAAUUAUCAUCAAUUAUAUUGAAUUUAGUUCCAAUUUUGAGUGCUUACCUAAUGGCGAACCCAUUCCUGGUGUUCUUUGUUCCGGAACUCCUGAUUCUCCUGAACAUUCCCCUUCUUCUGUUAGGUCAAGGACAAGGUCUCCUCCUGGCGCCAAGCCUCCUCUUACUAGGCUGAUAGUUCCACCUAACAGGCUUCCUUCUUCCAACAGCAAACGUGGAUAUGAUCUUGAACACAUGAAGUUUCUUCGGCUCAUUCACCGCAAUAAUAAGAACCGGAUAUUCGAAUUUCGUAAAUACACUUUUCCAGCCGAUACACGACUUAAAUUUAAAGUAGCAGUUGGUAUCUUUGAACCUUUGGAAAACCAAGAACAAAUUGUUAUAACCACAUCCGCUGGUGACGUUUUUGCAAUUUUGUCGGGCACUUAUCUUCUUGACGGAAUUUAUAUAUAUAGUAAUGCAAGUUUCAGACGGGCAAAAAUAAACAUCGUAACCAGCCAGGUUACUACAUUGACUCCAGAAGAAAUCAAUGAUGUUCCAAUAGGUCCUCACCGCCCAAUGUUAAGAUUUUUCCGAAUAAGCCGUUCCAAUCAGGUGUAAACCGCAAUGUGAUUAUAAGAUUUAGUUUCUUAUAAAAGAAAGAUUUAGAUUAUAUCUGGAAAGGUUCUGCGUUAGAUUACUUGAAAAUCAGGACCGUUUGAUAGCGUGUUUGUAAAACAACUACCUUUUUGUUUAGUAUGAUGCGGUUUAAACCAUUCUUUGGGAUUGU